AUGGUCCCGUUCAUAAUCAUCUUCAUCCUCCAACUCCUCCUCUUCUUUGACUCCAUCACGCUUGAGCAUCCUCCACCGAGCAGUCCUUGGGUCGAACUUGACCAAGUCCCUCGUACAGGAAUCGAGGUAGUGGCCGAUCUCCCAUUGCAAGUCACCAAACCGAAUGAGUCCAUACAUGGUCGGGCAGUUGUAUCCGCCAAAGAACCCGAAAACGGAACAGUCUUCUCCGGGUGGCCUGGACGUGAAGCAGACAGAGUGGAUAGGUAUUUGAGUCGGGGGGAGUUCGAAUGUCUGCCUCGUCAGUGGGUUGAAGAAUAUCAGAUGAUGAUGAGGAGUAGUAUUGGACAUGAGGAGAAGGAGCCAACCGUCUUUGGAAAACAUGAUUUCGGCGUGUUUGAAUUCGGGAGGGACGCGUUGUGGACCGAGUGGAAUAUCUUCCAACGUCUAAAUAGUAAAAGGCGUUGUGGACCGACUGGGGGAUUAUUAGGCACGGCGAGUGGAGAUGAGGGGAGUUGGCCGGCGGAGCAAGUGGUGGCGCGUUCGGGACGACGGAACUCCACGACCGGCAGACGAGUUUGA